GACAGCGUGGGCCCAGGGGAAAAGCGACAUUUCCUUCGGGAAUCUUCUCGUGCGCUUUUGCAGAGCUGCACCGCAGGCAGAAGUUCACUGGUGGAGCUUCCCCCACUUCCGUCGCUGUUGGGUGAAGAGCUGCCCCUGUUGAGUCUCCGCCUGUCGAUGGGCGCAGGAGGAGCCGCCGCCGCCAACUGACCAAAGCCACAGCCGCGGGGGCGGGGAACGAGAAGGCGCCCUCUUUACGUUCAGACGCUUGUGGAUCUCCCGGCGGGAUCCUCUGCCUGGAGAGGACUUGAGGCAGCGGCUUUACCUUCAGCUGCCCUCAAAGCCACCCGCUUAUAUCGCCCUGUGCCUCCUUAUUCCGAGAGAAGACAUCCUGGGUUCAGUGCUACCGAGGCAGGGAGCGCUCUCUUGAGGACAGGCAGAAUGACAUAUUGUGGAGCACAGCCUUGGACUGUGGACCAGCCGUCCCCAGUCAGGUCCUCCAGAAGUUUUGUAGGACGACUCCAUUGUUGGGAGUUGCAGAGCAGAACAUCUGGAGGGCCCCAGAUUGGGGAAGGCUGUUGCUUUUUUUAACAGUGAGGCUCGGAGACCAUGAAAGGCAACAGGUACAGCCUGUGACAUUUCUGCGCAACCCUGUUUUGUUUUUGAACACCUGCUGUGAGAGAGGCGUCACAUUAGCAGAGCCAAGCCAGGAAGGCUUUUAAACACCAUUCCUCCCUCACAUAGCCCUCUGUGUCAACAGGGCUGCUGAUGGAGAAAAGCCUUCAUGCACCUGAGAAAGCGCAGUCUGAGUCCCCAGAAGCUUCUGCAACGGUAACAGUGCAAGCUGAUAUAUGUCUCCUCAGCUGUGAGCCUCGCUGCAUUCAGUAGCCCCAGCCUUCAUGAUUAUGGAGAGCAGAUUUGGAGGCAGACAGGCGGUGUCUCAAUGGCCGAGUGUUCAGGCGUGGAAUGUCUGUGCCCUCCAGCGAAACUUUGUCACUGCCGCAGCCAUCAAGUUCCCCCCUCCGCUCUGUGUGCACCCAGGAACCUCCAGUGGUUUAUUUCUAAACGGUUGUGGCUGCUGUUUCGGACCCCAGGAAGAGCGAGAAGCAAGAGGGAUGAACUGAGGCCGGGGGGACGGUGCUGGGGCUCCCUCUCUGCCAUGGCACAAGGGGCAUCGCUGCCCAUGACUGACUGGCUGCGGGCCCUCCACCUGGAGCAGUACGCGGAGAGCUUUGAGCGGAACAGGCUCUGGUGCAUCUCCGACUGCCAGCAUCUGACUGACGAGGCGCUGACCCGCCUUGGGGUGCUGCUGCCUGGCCACCGCAGGCGCAUCCUCUCUGGGCUGCUGAAGGCCUUUACGGAGGCUCUGCCCACCAUGGAGGGCCCCCAACUGCCUCCGAGGAGGCCGGUCCCCAUGAAGCGCAACAUCUUCCGCACUGCUACUUCCUCGGUGCAGCCAGAGGCCAGGAGUGACUUGGCGAUGCCAGUUGGUGACAAAAUGCCUCCUCGCCGGGAGAUGGAGACGGCCAGAGGCCUCCCCCCUGUCCCCCCCCCUAUCCCUCCACGGACAAGCUGCCAUCCCCCAGUUAAGUUUUCCUCUCCUGCCCCCUUGGAACUUCCCACGGCCUCUUCCUUUGAGUCGGCUUCCCUUUUGGAUUUUACAUCUCCAGUGCUGCUCCCGCCACUUGCAGGAGACAGACUUAGUCCAGACACAGAAGAGGCAGGGAAGCAGCCCCUGCCGCCUCUUCCUGCCAAGCGCCACCAGCUGGAGAGCAAGCCCCCCUCUCAAAAGGCGCCUCCCGUACCCAGCCGCCCUCCCACGCUGCCCCCCAGGGGCCCACCUCAGAAACCAGCACCCAGUCUUCCUGUGCAAGACAAUCUCCAAGACCCUGAGGAGCUGCCUGUAGUGCCACCCACCCUCUUCCGUCGCCUGAAGAUAUUGGAACCGCACACUGUCCCUGAGUUACCUUCAAAACCUCCCCUUUCCUUGCAGGCGGACUUUGAUGAUUCUGAUUAUGAAGAUCUCCUUUUUGAGGAGGAAAUAGACGCACCUACAGAAGAAAUGACUGACAAGGAGGAGGCAGCGAAGACCCCGCCGGAGGUGAGCCGCUGUGCACGAUUCAGCAGCCUGAUCAGUGAAGACGAGCUGAUUGAGGAUUAUUUCAAGGAGGAAUCACCCACUAACAGCAGCAGCAACUACCGGAAUGACUGUGGGCUGAACUUCUCCUGCCCCAGCAGUGCUCUGCCCUUUGACAUGUUGAGCCUCCACAGUGACGGAAUGGACAGGACGGACCCAUCGUCUCAACUUGCACCUGUCAUCAAAGCGGGGUGGCUGGACAAGAACCCUCCCCAAGGGACCACCCUGCUGACCCACAGGGCGCCGCAGUUAACAGUGUUUUCCGGCUCCAGGUCCUAUAUCUACCAGAAGCGCUGGGUGAAACUGGAUAGCAACUACCUCCGAUACUUUGAUAGUGAAAAGGAUGUUUAUUCCAAACGUCUGAUCCCUGUGUCAUCUAUAACCCGUGUGGCUAGUAUUGGGGACCAGAAAUUUGAGGUGGUCACAAACAAUCGGACUUUCACCUUCCGGGCCGAGAGUGAUGCGGAUCGCAAUGGAUGGAUGAAGGCCCUUCAGAACAUGGUGGAUGAGAAGAAGUCAAGGUGUUUGGACCGAGGGUCCAUCUUCCAGGUGCCCAGUAGCACCUUCGACUCCGUGGACAAGUGUGGCCUUCUGGAGCUGCGAGGUUUUAAAAACAAGCUGUGCGUGGUGGUGGCCGGGGACAAAGUGUUCCUUUACAAGAACGCAGAGGAAUUCCGCCUGGAGAUCGGGAUCACCUACAUUGAAAUGAAUGUGGGGAACGUCAAGGACGUGGACAGAAGGGGCUUUGAUUUGACAACCCCCUACCGGAUCUUCAGCUUUGUUGCAGAAUCCGACCAGGAGAAGGAGGAAUGGGUGGAGGCCAUGCAACACUCUAUCGCUGAGGCGCUCUCCAACUUUGAAGUGGCCGAGAGAAUCUGGUCAGUGGAGGCAAACUGCUUCUGUGCCGAUUGUGGAUCCCCCAAACCUGACUGGGGCUCCAUUAACCUCUGUGUUGUCAUCUGCAAGCGAUGUGCAGGGGAACACCGUGGGCUGGGACCCAGCGUCACCAAAGUACGGAGUCUCAAGAUGGACAAAAAAGUCUGGACCGAGGAGCUGAUAGAGCUGUUCCUUCAGAUUGGUAAUGCUGUAGCCAACCAGUUCUGGGCCGCCAACGUGCCCCCCAGCGAGACCAUCAGCCCCAGAAGCGAGAGCCAGGAACGGAGGCGCUUCCUGGUGGCCAAGUACAGGGAAGGCAAGUACCGCCGGUACCACCCGCUCUUCGGCAACCAGGAGGAGCUCAACAAGGCCCUGUGUGCUGCUGUGACGACGAGUGACCUGGCAGAGACCCUCUCCCUCUUGUUCUGUGGGGCCGAGGUGGGCUGCUAUUCGGGGGACCCCAGUCACCCGUCUCCCAUCGCCUUAGCAGAGCAGGCCGGCCAGAGGCUGCAGAUGGAGUUCCUGCUGCACAACAAGACCUCAGAGACCCCUCAGCUGGACGUGGGCACCAGCAUUGAGAAGCACUACUCAGUCAUCUUGCCUUCCGUCGCUCACAAUGGCUUCCUCUACAAGGCGCCCUCCAUGGCUAAGCUGCUCCAUGAACGGAAAUCCCGGGAAGAAUUCAGCCGCCGCUGGUGCCGCCUCCACGAUGGCAUCUUCAGCUACUAUGACAGCAACACCAACACCGUGCCGAACGGGGAGAUCAGGAUGCAGGAGGUGGCAUGCCUUGUGAACAACCUGCCAGAUACCCACGGGUUCGUGAGCACCUUUGAGGUGUACAUCGAAUCGGAGAGGCUCUACCUGUUUGGACUGGACAUCCCCGAGGCGAUCCAGGAGUGGGUCAAAUGCAUUGCAAAGUCUUUUGUCCCUCCUGCCGCUGAGGGCCUGCUGGGGCACGACUUCGAGCGCCUCGGGCGGCUCCAAUACAAAGGCGGCCUGAACCUGGAGCGAGCCAAGGAAGGCUGGUUCGCGUUGGCCCAGUCCACCCUCUAUGCCUGUUUGGAAGGCAGUGAGGAGGCUAUUCACUUGAGGAAGCUGCAGGAGCUCUCCGUCCAGGGUGACAAUGAAGUCCUUGUGCUGGUGGAAAGGAGAAGGACGCUCUACAUCCAAGGCGAGAGGAAGCUGGACUUCUUGGGGUGGGUCAAUGCUAUCCAGAAGGCCGCAGGAAGCUCCGGAGACACCUUGUCUGAACAACAGCUCACGGAGACGGACGUCCCCAUCAUUGUGGACCGAUGCAUCGACUACAUCACGCAGUGUGGACUGACCUCGGAGGGGAUCUAUCGGAAGAGUGGGCAGAACUCCAAGACGACCAGCCUCCUGGAGAGCCUCUGGAAAGAUGCCCGUAGGGUCCGGCUGAAGGAAGGGGAGCACCAGGUGGACGACGUGGCCAAUACCCUCAAAAGGUUCUUCCGGGAUAUUGAAGACGGUCUCUUCACCAAAGAUUGUUCUCAGGCUUGGCUGAAAGCAACAGCCAUUGAGGAUGACAAAGAGAAAAUCAGUUGGUAUCGAAGGCUGCUGAACAGCCUCCCUGCAGUCAACAGAGCCACGGUGAAGGCACUGAUCAACCACCUAUACCGAGUCCAGUGCUUCUCAGACGUGAACCAGAUGACCACGCACAACCUGGCCAUUGUCUUCGGGCCGACGCUCUUCCAGACAGACGGCAAAGACUACAAGGCGGGGCGAGUGGUGGAGGAUCUCAUCAGAUGCUAUGUGGACAUAUUCAGUGUGGAUGAGGAAGAGAUGAGAAAGCAACAAGAGGAGAUUACCGCCAUCAUGAAGAUGCGUGUUGCGGGCUCAUCCAGCGGGACGCAGCAAGCCGGUGACUUCAUCUGCACGGUGUACCUGGAGGAGAAGAAGACAGAAGCAGAGCAGCAUAUCAAGAUUCCUGCUACGAUGACAGCGGAAGAGCUGGCUUUUGAGAUCUUGGACCGGAGGAAAAUCGUCAUGAAGGAGAAAGAGUUCUGGAGCUGCUUUGAAGUCAGCGAGCGGGAGGAGGCAGAACGACCUUUGCACUACAGCGAGAAGGUCCUUCCCAUCUUACACAGCCUGGGGAAGGACAGCUACCUGGUUGUGAAGAAGCAGCUGUCCAUGGAGAACAUGUUGCUCUAUCUAGCCAGCAAGGUGGGCGACAGCAAGCAUGGCAUGAUGAAAUUCAGGGAGGAGAAGAACCUGCUGGGUGUGGGGCUCAGCACCGGCUUCCAUGACCGAUACUUCAUCCUGAACAACAACUGUCUGCGCCUCUACAAGGAAGUCCGGAGCCACAAACCAGAGAAAGAAUGGCCAGUGAAGAACCUGAAAAUCUACCUGGGAAUAAAGAAGAAAGUCCGUCCUCCAAGCUGCUGGGGGCUCACGGUCUUCUUUGAGAAUGAGAAGCAAGAGAAGCAGCAGUGGUAUCUCUGCUGUGACACACAGAUGGAGCUGCGAGCCUGGUUUGCUACCUUCCUCUCUGUGCAGCAUGGUGGUAAUGUCUGGCCUUCCGAGUCAUCCAAGGUGCGGGCAUCUCGGACCCAGCAGGAUUCCCGGUUGGGGAACAUCUCGCUGAUCCCCCUGCGAGGAAGUGAGAAUGAGAUGAGGAACAGCGUGGCAGCAUUCGCGGCUGACCCUCUGACGCUUCUUCGGGAUGUAUGAAACUGGAUGCUCAGUAUAGCAGGUUUGUCGGCAAAAGUCAAACGAGGUGGAGGCGCCACCCGGUGAAAAAAACACUUGGCUGGUCCAGCAGGGAGGGGAGGGGGGAAUACUUGGGAACAAAGUCAGCCCUUUUUGGACUCCCUGAAAGGCCAAGAGAACACGUGAGGUUUAUUUAAGGAAAGCCGCGGAGACGUUCCUAGGGAGACUGGGGCAGCUUUUUAAGAAGUGUUGAUAAGCCAUCUGGAGCAAAGACGAACCCCAAGAGGAAGGGCCAUCGGCACGUGCCACAUUCACUACCUAUCCAGCAUUGGUCCCAAGUUCCUGGCAGGUUUGGUCAGCGGUGCCACUGACCGGCAGCUUCUUGCUUCUUUCUCUUUGGGUGGAAACCCUAAAACAACAUUCAGAGGAUGGGCAUGGAUUUGUGAGUAAUGGCUGGACGUACGCUGGGUAUCUUUUUUGUUUUACCUUAAAACUUGGGUAAGCGGGGACACAACAAUUGGGACAAAGCCAAGAGGACCUGGAAAUGCUUUGUGUGGGCUGACAGAAAUCUUGAAGGUACCAGAGCAAAGAGCCAGCCAAUCCUGCUUUACUUUUGGAAAAAGGCCCAAUGAUGAAGAGGAAGGGAGAGGUUCUCGAUUGCCUUCCUCUGCCCUCUUGCCACGGGGCUUGUUUUGAAAAUCACCUUUUCUGAAGUGGUGGCUUGACCACAUGGUGGUGGGCUUUGAAGCUUCUGUCCAUCUCCCUCUCCAAGGCCAGAAACCAACUCAUGGUACCUGGUAGAGGAGGAGGCCUUGCCGGAACCACUGAGCAAAAGAUUUAAUGUUGGGUACAGAGAGGGUGAUGGGAUGUGGACGCUUCAGACCAGCCUGCACUUAGCUGUGGGAGGGACAUCACCAGGGAUUAAUAUCCAGGGCCUUCUCACUGUCCUCUUUGUCUGAUCCUGGGAAGCUGUGAAAAGAGGGGCAGGUACCAUUUUUCUUAACAGCAACAUCUUCUCUUGUUGUCUUUUUGUAAUGUUAAUAAAUAUCCUUGGAGAAUCCAG